GAUGCCCUCUGUCACCCGAAUAUUAAGCCUCGGCCGAAAGGGGAGUGGGUUGGUGGCGAGAUCGCGCGGCAGUUCUGUCUCCGUCUUUCCGAGACGGCCACCAAAAUGUUCAAGCGGCGCUUCCUCGAGACCUGGAUAGACUACGUCGAAUCGGUCGCCCAGCAGGCCAAGCACCGGUCCCAGUCGCGCAUACUUGACCUCGAUAGUUACUUUCUCCUCCGCCGCCACACCUCGGGUGCCCCGUCCACCAUUGCCCUGUGGGAGAUGGACAUGGACAUCCCGGACCACAUCCGAGAGCACCCGAUCCUCCGCAUGCUCGAGACGCUCGCAGUAGAUUUGAUCGUCAUUGGCAAUGAUCUGCUAUCGUACAACAAGGAGCAGGCCGUCGGGGACGACGAGCACAACAUCGUCACGGUCAUCAUGGCCCAGUUCGGAAUGGACGUGCAGGGGGCCAUCGACCGGGCCGGGGAGCUGAGCCGGGAGAAGACGGACCGGUUCAACGCGCUCUACAGUCUGCUGCCGUGUUUCACCCUCUCGCAGGCUUCCCGGGCCCGCUCCUUUGUUCUGUGA